GCGGUCGUCGCGAUCAGUUGAGUGUUGACCGCGGAUCCAAGCGGACGACGUCUCUCCCGUUCCGUUCCCGUUCAGAUUCGUCUCGUAGGAAACCCAUCGGUAGCAGUCAGUGGCAGUUUUAGCGACGAUCGUGUGCGCGUCUCGAGCUUUAUUCAUUUCACUCUCGAAAGUUUGCACCGGAGUGCUCUGGAGAUAGUGUGUGCUAUUUUCGGAAUUUCUGUGUCGUGUAGACUUUACCUGUAGACGGGGUUGGUGCCGCAGCAGCCGUCAGACGCCCAUCAAUCAAGUACCUACUAGCGCGCACUCGAGGUCGUCCUGUUCGCUACUCUUCUUCGCUACACAUGCUUCCAACCGAUUCGCGGACACCACCAUGAGUCAGUACUACUUCCCGAUCGUUCUGGUGUUUCUGUUGGAACUCUUUCGACUCUCUCAGUCUCAUCCGUUCGUAUUCACGUCAUCAAGCGGUCAACGGAAAGCACAAGUCGAAUGGCAACAGCCGGACGAUAACUGGAACAUUCAAACAGUACCGCGAAGCGUACAUCCGCUGCUCGAGAAUCAACAUAAUGUUCAUCGGUUACCUCCUACCAGCUACCACGUGAUCGACUCCGAAAAUCACGAUGAUAAAGUCCUGAAACGAUUGAUGGAAAUCAAAGAGAACGCAACCGCACGGACGCUGUUCUCUUACAAUAAAGAAGAGUCACAUCUUCCACCACUCCUCACCAAAACGAUCAAGUAUUUUAAUCUACAGCAGGUGGCCUUUGAACUGGAGACUAGUGUGAUGUCUCAAGUGUCCUGUACAGCUUGCAAAGCUGGCGCUGGACUACUACAGCACUACAUCCGAACCGGCAAGAGCAAAGAAGAGAUCAUCAAAACCAUCUACCAGUACUGCGUGAACCUUAAGAUCCAAUCUCCUCGGGUAUGCGAAGGUGUAAGUCAACUGUUUGGCGUUGAAGUCAUCUACGUUCUGAAACGAGUAACCAUUGGCCCGGAAGAAAUCUGUAGCUUCAUCAUCGGCGAUGCUUGCGAAGACAUCUACAAUCCAUACCAUGAAUGGGAAGUAGACUUUCCCCCCGUUCCCAAACCGGAGAUCCGUGAAGUCCCGCUACCGAAAGAAGGUGCUCCAGUGUUCAAAGUCCUGCAUCUCUCGGAUACCCAUUUUGAUCCGUAUUACGCUGAAGGCUCCAACGCCGACUGCAACGAACCACUGUGCUGCCGGUUAACAAACGGUCGACCCACCACUCCAAACGGAGCCGCCGGAAAGUGGGGCGACUAUCGAAAGUGCGACACUCCUCAGCGAACAGUUGAUCAUAUGUUGAGUCACAUUGCCGACACUCACUCGGACAUAGAUUUCAUCAUCUGGACCGGUGAUCUGCCGCCACAUGACGUUUGGAAUCAAACUAAGGAGGAAAAUCUGAAGGUGCUCAAAGAAACAGUCAAACAGAUGUCGGAGAAAUUCCCCGGAAUUCCGAUCUUCCCCGCUCUGGGUAACCACGAAAGCGCCCCUGUCAACAGUUUUCCCCCACCGUACGUCCAACAAGUCGACAGCUCGAUCUCCUGGCUCUACGACGAACUGGAUGUCCAGUGGCGACGGUGGCUACCGGCCAGCGUAUCACACACGGUACGUCGCGGUGCCUUCUACUCUGUAUUGGUCCGCCCAGGUUACCGAAUCAUCUCGAUGAACAUGAACUACUGCAACAACAAGAACUGGUGGCUGUUACUAAACUCGACGGAUCCUGCCACCGAACUGUCGUGGUUCAUCUACGAACUGCAGAGUGCGGAGUUUGCCAACGAAAAGGUUCACGUGAUCGGGCACAUUCCUCCGGGUCAUUCGGAUUGUUUGAAGGUUUGGAGCAGAAACUACUACAAGAUUGUGUCCCGGUAUGAAAACACGAUCGUGGCGCAGUUCUUCGGCCAUACGCACUUCGACGAGUUUGAGGUGUUCUACGAUCCACACGACUUGAGUCGAGCCACAAGCAUAGCGUACAUUGGGCCUUCGGUGACACCCUACUAUGACCUAAAUCCAGGCUACCGGAUCUACUACAUCGAUGGAGAUCAUGAUCAUACCACACGGUUAGUGGUAGACCACGAAUCGUGGAUCAUGAACCUCAAGGAAGCCAACCUGUACGACUAUCCAAUUUGGUACAAACUGUAUUCUACGCGGGCAGCAUACAACAUGCGUAGUCUCCGACCUGUUGAUUGGGACAUUCUGAUCAACAACAUGACAGACAACAAGGAGCUGUUCGAUCUGUAUUACAAGCACUACUGGAAGAACUCACCCGUGCGGCCGGAGUGUGACUUCGAGUGCCGCAAGCGGAUACUGUGCGACGCCAAGAGCGGCCGCAGCCACGAUCGCAAGUACUUCUGCGAGGAUGUCGAGGCCAAGAUCGACGAAAACAACAAAGGCUGGAAGGACUGGCUGCUCAGCUCGAUCUCGUCUUCCGGAAGUCACGACCGCGUUGAUAGCAACAGCAAAAGGGAUCGCAAAGGUGAUAGUGAGAAGUUGGACGCCGACUCCGCUCACCACCAGCAACUGGUUGCACAGGCCUUGGAAGAUAACCAAUCCAAACCGAGCGUCCAAUUGGCAAAUGGGUGAAUCAGGACUGUUAUUAACUCUUUAAUUGAAUAUGUUUAAGCUUCUUUGUAAUGUAUAUAUAGAACCUGCUAGCUGUCAAUAAAGUAUCUAACCACAAUCUGUCAAAAGCAAGCUUUUCGUCUAUAUCUGCAAGGUUAUGGCCGCCUAGGCAAGGGCGUGAUUAUCAUAUGCCCUAUCGGGCUUGACGAGGAUCUUCUGGCGCAAGCGAUGAUCCAAUGCAACACCUCGGAGAAUAGCAACACACCCCCCACAUCGAUUACCGACAACUACUAAACCGAUAGGAAGACGCCAGCAUUACCUCCUUAUUGAUAUUAGAAGAAGAAAAAGCAGCGAUUGUGCACCUCUCACAAUACAGUCUUGGAGCAGUCAACAUUCGACCUUGCGAUCGAUAGCCAACGGCGCAACGAGAAGCAAAAGAAGAAAAAAAAGAAGAGAAUCGAUAAUAACAACAAUACAGCAUGCCAUUGAUAGAAAGAAAACAAAAGUGUUCAUCGAGUCUCGAACGUAAACUCCGGAAGGGAGUCAGACUAUAUUAUACAAGGAUUGUGAUAAGCGUAAUGAAAACCGGACGACAGUUACUGUUGAACAAAUCCCUUGGAACCAGUGUUUUAAACGUACGACGAUACAAGUCAACUCAAGCAAUGCAUCUAUCCAGUAUGAUUGUACAUAAAUCAUCUAAAUUUUACCAAAAUAAAUUAUUUAUAUUAAAAUUGA